GUGAGAUGUGUAGAGCAGCCUGAGUUAAACUAGUGAAAGGCAAGCUCAUGAAAUUCGGAGGGUAGAAUCUUCUUUACUUUCAAGAAAAAACAGCUGGCAGUAACUGAAAACUAAAGCAACCUUAUUCCUCCCAUAAAUCAAGUUCCCAGAUUUUGUUCAUAGAUGGCAUGGAUUAAAUGCAAACUUUAUUUAUUUUUGGUGCUACUAGUUCCUUAUUGUAUGUCACAAGAAGAUGCUGAAACAAGAUCAAGCUGCAGAACAGCUCCAAAUGACUUGGUUUUCAUCCUAGAUGGCUCAUGGAGUGUGGAUCCAGAAAACUUUGAAAUUCUCAAAAAAUGGGUGGUUAAUAUCACAAGCAACUUUGAUAUAGGUCCAAAAUAUACUCAAAUUGGAGUGGUUCAAUACAGUGACUAUCCUGUCCUUGAAAUUCCUCUUGGACACCAUGCUUUCAGCGAGGACCUUAUCAAAAAAAUGGAGGCUAUUCAAUAUUUGGGUGGAAAUACAAGGACAGGAAAUGCCAUUCAGUUUGCCAUUGAUAAUCUGUUUGCUAGGUCACUUCGACCUUUAACCAAAAUUGCAAUCGUUCUUACUGAUGGCAAAUCACAAGAUGAUGUUAAAGAAAUCGCAGAAGAAGCAAGAAGAAAUAAAAUCACGCUUUUUGCUAUUGGCGUGGGCUCUGAAAUUGAAGAAAGUGAACUUAGAGCGAUUGCCAACAAGCCUUCUUCCACUUAUGUGUUUUACGUAGAGGAUUACAUAGCAAUAUCCAGAAUACGAGAAGUUAUGAAGCAAAAACUGUGUGAAGAAUCUGUUUGUCCAACAAGAAUCCCAGUUGCAGCUCGAGAUGAAAAGGGGUUUGAUAUACUUUUAGGACUGGGAAUGAAUAAGAAAAAUGCCAAGAGAAUUGAGGGUUCCACCCCGAGAACUAAAGCUUAUGAAGUAACAUCCCAAAUUGACCUAACUGAAUUUACAAGGAAUGUUUUUCCAGAGGGCCUUCCUCCUUCAUAUUUGUUCGUUUCUACUCAGAGGUUUAAAAUCAAGAAAAAGUGGGACUUGUGGAGAAUAUUAGCCCUUGAUGGCUCAAUUCAAACAGCGGUUUCAUUAAAUGGAGAAGACAGAACAUUAUCAUUCACUACAACAAGUCAAAUAAAUGAUACCCAGGUUGUCACAUUUAAAAAACCUGGUGUUAAGAAAUUGUUUGAUGAAGGAUGGCAUCAAAUACGAAUAUUGGUAACAGAAGCUGAUGCAAUAUUGUUUGUGGAUGACGAAGAAAUUGAGGCAAAAAAAUUACUUCCUGUAAUAGGAAUCUACAUUAGCGGGAAAACCCAAAUUGGGAAGUAUACUGGCAGAGCGGAAAAUGCUCAGUUCAACAUUCAAAAGCUGAGAAUAUAUUGUGAUCCAGAGCAAAAUAAAAGGGAGACUGCGUGUGAGAUCCCUGGAAAGAAUGGAGAGUGUUUAAAUGGUCCAAGUGAUGUUGGCUCUACACCUGCUCCAUGUAUUUGUCCUCCUGGGGAAAAAGGACCUGCUGGCCCUAAAGGAGAACCUGGAGCAUCUGGAAAUCACGGCUCUCCUGGACAACCUGGUCCAGAUGGUAAGCCUGGGAGACUGGGAACGCCUGGAAACCCUGGAAUUCCUGGUUCACCAGGAGUAGAGGGUCCUCGUGGCUUGCCAGGCUUAAAGGGUAACCCUGGUCAGGAAGGUGAUAAGGGGGAACGUGGAAUUCCUGGAUUUCCAGGACUACAUGGACAAAUGGGAUCAAAGGGUGAACGAGGACCAAAAGGAGAUAAAGGUGUUGCAGGAAUUGAUGGCAAAAAGGGCACAAAAGGAGACAAAGGAAGUACAGGGGCAUUUGGAAAACCAGGGAGACCUGGAGAGUCGGGAAUAGAUGGGAAGGAUGGCAUGCCGGGGUACCCUGGUUCAAAGGGAGAUGAAGGGAAAACAGGUCCUCCGGGAAUGGAAGGUCAUCGGGGCAUACCAGGAAUACCAGGCAUUCCUGGAAAUGAAGGUCCCAGUGGAAUAAAGGGUGAAACAGGAUCUCAAGGUGAACCUGGGGCCAGAGGUCCUCCUGGGAUUCCGGGAGUAGCAGGAGCAGAAGGUUUAUCUGGUUCUCCUGGAACACCAGGACUUAAGGGAAAUAAAGGUGAUCCAGGAAUACCAGGCAAAGCAGGAUAUACGGGAGCAAGGGGAGAAAAGGGUGAAACAGGGCCAACAGGUCCUCAAGGAUACACAGGUAUGCCAGGAGCCAUGGGCAAAAAGGGUGAUAAAGGAAGUUCGGGUGAAAGAGGUUUUCAGGGUCAGAAAGGGGAUCGUGGAUCUUUAGGUGUUCCUGGAUUAAAGGGAGAACUUGGAGCAAUGGGCCCCAGAGGAGAGAAAGGAGAAAUGGGAGAGACAGGGCAACGAGGCUCUAAUGGACAAAAAGGAGAACCUGGCAAUAUGGGGUUAGUUGGUGCACCUGGUCCAAGAGGUUUUAAUGGUGACAGAGGACUGCCUGGACAACCAGGACAAGAAGGACGGCCGGGUAGAGAAUACUCUGAAGCAUUCAUAAGACAAAUUUGCCUAGAUUUUGUAAAAGCUCAGCUGCCAUCUCUACUACAUAGUGAAAGACUACAGAAUUGUUAUCACUGUAAAGCUCAGAAAGGAUCCCAUGGUAUACCUGGACCUCCAGGGCCAAUAGGUCAUGAAGGUCCAGCUGGCCAACCUGGAACACCUGGAAGAAAUGGUUUUCCUGGACUUGUGGGACAUCCAGGACGUCCAGGCUUACCUGGACCUAAAGGACUCCCUGGGAAACCUGGUGCAAAAGGAAAUAAAGGAGAUGGGAAUCCUGGAAUUCAGGGUCCACCAGGAAUACCAGGGCCCAUGGGACCACCUGGAAUCGGCAAAGAAGGGCAAUCUGGACAACAAGGUUUGCCUGGUAGAGACGGAGAACGUGGCAUGCCUGGAGCAAAAGGUCCACCUGGAGAGACAGGAAUUUGUGACCCAUCUUUAUGUUUUAGUGCAAUUGUGGGAAGAGAUCCAUUUAGAAAAGGACCAAACUAUUAAAAUAUCAUUAUUAUGAGGAGCAUGAGAUAACAGUCUUUGCCUUUUUCCGUCUUUCUUGUCUCAGGAAGAUUAUUCAUUGUCAGUGUAAUAGGAACACAAGUACCUCUUUUUAUUUGUAAAUUAAGUAUUAUUGACUUUAGAAAGACUAUUGACAAUCAUUAAAUUGGACAUUUGAAAAAAAUCUUAUAUCCUCAAUAAUG